AGUGCGGCUCGGGGGUCCCAGUGUGGGGCUGGGAUGUCCCAGAGUGCGGCUCGGGGGUCCCAGAGAUGGUCUCGGGUCCCGGCGUGAGGCUUGGGGACGCUGUCCCGUGUCCCCAGCACCCCUUCAUGGAGCUGCGGGUCCUGGAGAACAACAAGCGCUCCCGGCGGAACCUGGGGCUGGACUGCGACGAGCACUCGACGGAGUCGCGCUGCUGCCGCUACCCGCUCACCGUGGACUUCGAGGCGUUCGGCUGGGACUGGAUCAUCGCCCCCAAGCGCUACAAGGCCAACUACUGCUCGGGCCAGUGCGAGUACAUGUUCAUGCAGAAGUACCCGCACACGCACCUGGUGCAGCAGGCGAACCCGCGCGGCUCGGCCGGGC